ACUUGUUAUCAUUCUGCUUGCUCACACUAUGCAUAUCCUCCUCAGCUCUGGUUUAGUCACUAGAUUUGAGGUUGUGGCUUCAAAUAACCCUUCUUCUUCCUCGUCGCCGCCUUCUCAGCCUCAGCAGCAGCAGCCGCGUGGUGUUAAGAUGAGGCCUAAUAGAGUUGCCAACAAAAAGAAGCAGAAGCAGCAGCCGUCUGUUAUGGAGAUUGAACGGGCCAUUGGUGCCGGGAUUUUCCGGGAAAGAGAUGUCAACAGUGGAGGAGAAGGAGAGAAGGCAAAUCUUGUUGAUAAUAUACUGAAGAAUUCAGUUGGGAAGAAUGAAGGCUCUGUGGAGAAGAGGCUGAGGGAGACCGGGGAAUGGCUUCUCGAUCAAACCGAGACCAGAACUCGCUCUGCAGGAAAGCAAAUCUUGAUGACCAUAUUUGUAUGGAUUAUACCUCUGUGGAUAGCUGGAUUUCUUGUGGCUGCUGGCAUCAUUUCACUGCCAUUUCACACUCCAUUUCUAGAUGAUCUCAUUUCAUGAUUUGUAAUGUCACAUUAAUGAUGAUAUUAUCAUGUGGAGUGAGAGUGAAUAUGGAUGCAAUACACAGAUUAAGUGUGUCAAUAUUAUUUUUCCGACCUUUUACAUAUAUUGAUAUUGGCUUAAUUUAAGCCGGGGGUUCAUUA